AUGAUUUAUGGUCGCUUACAGGUAGCGGCCCUGCCCCCCUUUCCCCAACACAAUAAUGUCUGUCGACUCAGCGGUCGGCUGAGCGUGCUCGACGACUCCAUAAAACAACGCUCCUUUGACACCGUACAAUUAUGUUUCAGAGGGGUUAUUACUUCGUCCGUGGGUUACAAGACCGGUCUCGAAGAUAUCAUCACCUUGACCGACAUCAAAACCCCUUCCGACUUCCGACCCUGUUCUUCAACCAGCCAGAAUGACUCGCAAAAGGGCCGCCAUGCCGAUUUCUACUUUGAAUUGCCCACCCAUGCAUCCACCAAGGACGGCACCUUGCGUUCUCUCCCUCUGUCGGCCACCAUCUCCGUUAAUACGAGCCCGGCCCCAAACACGGCCAUGAACGACCGACCAGUCAUCCGCGGCGAAUGCGAAGUGUCUUACUGGGUCGAGGCGCAAUUCCGCCUCGCAGGCAAGCAAGUCGGAAUUCUGAGCAGACAUGUACAAAUCCCCUCACUUUACCCUUGUCUCCGAGCCUCGAUUUCCAGAGGUCACCCGCUCACAAUGCACGCCAAGCCCGAUUUUCUCACCCGUUGUAAGUUUCAAAAGAAUCCCGAUCUUUCAAUCACUCUGCACGAGCCAGAAAUGAUCAUGGAAUGGAGGACCACGACCGGAAAACGACACGUAAGCCUCCCCUUAGCCAUAGCCAUGGACAUGCAGCAACAAACCUCGGAUUGCAAUUCGAUCGACCCUCGGCAAUCAUUCCAAUGCUCCGUGGAAGCGAAAUGGGAAGUGAACUCACGUUUCUCCAAUGUGCCGGUGCACUCGAACACGGAGAGGCUGAAGUGCUCCGACGUAGUGUACAAGACGACACUUGCCUCGUCGCAGAAGGCGAAUGUCCUUUUCCGCCCCUUACCACAUUACGAUGGCAGCAGAGACUCUCGGAACCAGAACGCCAACAACCGGACAAGCUCAAUCUCAUACACCGCGACGUCACAAGUCGACCUCUCUGUCCCGAACGCGGUAUCCCAACCUUCUCUGUACUGGGGCCUUCUGUCUAGAACCUACACGUUAGAUCUAUCCCUGCACUUUCACGGCGUCCAAGGCGCGCCCAAUUACAAUCUGCACCGUAAGAUCCCAUUGUCGGUGUUCACGUAUGGGUCGAAAGCGGACGAUGCCCAGAAAGAUCAAGUCGUCGUGGACGUCGCUGAGGCAGACUCGGGCUCGGGCUCGGACUCGGAAUCUGACGCCGACAACAAUGUGGAUGAUCUGCUGGCUUCAAGAGCAGCGGACCGAGUACAAGAGCCAGUACGAGCCCAGGCACGGAGGCAAAGGACCGUGAAUCGAACCCCCCCACCGCCGUAUUUUCGAUGA